CCCGGGCUCAACAUGCGCCCCUCGCGGAGAGGCAUCUGGCUGGUCCUGGCCGCGUCGCUCCUGCACGUGUCCCUGCAAGGCGAGUUCCAGAGGAAGCUCUACAAGGACCUGGUCAAGAACUACAACCCCUUGGAAAGGCCGGUGGCUAAUGACUCUCUGCCACUCACGGUGUACUUCUCCCUGAGCCUCAUGCAGAUCAUGGACGUGGAUGAGAAGAACCAAGUUCUAACCACCAACAUUUGGCUGCAAAUGUCUUGGACAGAUCACUACUUACAGUGGAAUAUGUCAGAAUAUCCGGGCGUGAAGACUGUGCGCUUUCCAGAUGGCCAGAUCUGGAAGCCAGACAUUCUUCUCUACAACAGUGCCGAUGAACGAUUUGACGCCACGUUCCACACCAACGUGUUAGUGAACUCUUCUGGGCAUUGCCAGUACCUGCCUCCAGGCAUAUUCAAGAGCUCCUGCUACAUCGAUGUGCGCUGGUUCCCCUUCGACGUACAGCAGUGCAAACUGAAAUUCGGGUCCUGGUCCUAUGGAGGGUGGUCCCUGGAUCUCCAGAUGCAGGAGGCGGACAUCAGCGGCUACAUCCCAAAUGGAGAGUGGGACCUCGUGGGAAUCCCCGGCAAACGCAGUGAGAAGUUCUACGAGUGCUGCAAGGAGCCCUACCCGGACGUCACCUUCACAGUGACCAUCCGCCGCAGGACCCUCUACUAUGGCCUCAACCUGCUCAUCCCCUGCGUGCUCAUCUCUGCCCUGGCCCUACUAGUCUUCUUGCUCCCUGCAGACUCCGGGGAGAAAAUCUCCCUCGGGAUAACGGUUUUACUUUCUCUUACUGUCUUCAUGCUGCUGGUGGCUGAGAUCAUGCCUGCGACAUCCGACUCAGUGCCCCUGAUAGCUCAAUACUUUGCCAGCACCAUGAUCAUCGUGGGCCUCUCUGUGGUUGUGACAGUGAUCGUGCUGCAGUACCACCAUCAUGACCCCGAUGGCGGCAAGAUGCCCAAGUGGACCAGAGUGAUUCUCCUGAACUGGUGUGCGUGGUUCCUGCGCAUGAAGCGACCAGGGGAGGACAAGGUGCGCCCCGCCUGCCAGCACAAGCAGCGGCGCUGCAGCCUGGCCAGCGUGGAGAUGAGCACGGUGGCAGGGCCACCGGCCACCAACGGCAACCUGCUCUACAUAGGCUUCCGGGGACUGGAGGGCAUGCACUGCGCGCCCACCCCUGACUCGGGGGUCGUGUGUGGCCGCCUGGCUUGCUCGCCCACACACGACGACCACCUUCUGCACGGCGGGCAACCCUCCGACGCGGACCCCGAGCUGGCCAAGAUCCUCGAGGAGGUCCGCUACAUUGCCAACCGCUUCCGCUGCCAGGACGAAAGUGAGGCCAUCUGCAGCGAAUGGAAGUUCGCGGCCUGCGUGGUGGACCGCCUGUGCCUCAUGGCCUUCUCGGUCUUCACCAUCAUCUGCACCAUCGGCAUCCUGAUGUCGGCUCCCAACUUCGUGGAGGCUGUGUCCAAAGACUUUGCUUAAUUUGUCUUGGUCCCCUGCGUGUAGAAAAUGCACAGAUAGGCAAAUGUCGUUUUCGUGAGAAUUUGGGGUGCUCAUCCCACAUUCAUUGUGCGGGUGCCUGUGUACCUUUGCUGUCGUUAGUCAUGUCUGUUUCCUGGUUACUUUCGGUAGUAGCAUCUUAGCAUGCUUUUGUUGAACCCUUUCAGACAGGCUGUUAGAUAUCCUUGCAGCAUCCCCAAGGUCAGCAGAGCCCCUGGGAGGUCAUUUGCCCAUUCCCGGCUUCCUAGUGAGACCUUCAGAGAGGUGGGGGUUGCUCAGUACUGUAGGUGGGUUUGCAUGCCUGCAUGCCACUGCCAUGGAGGCCUCAUGGGAAUUUAACAUAAACUUUUGCCUCCUACAAACUUAGAUGGAAACUGCUUACAGUAAACCAAACUCACAAAGUCUAGUCCAGUAAGAGACUGUUGAAAGGGGAAAACAAACUAUGCUUAAAUGCAAAACCUACAUUUUUAUAUUUCUUGGAUGGUUUCUUGAAAAUUCAGAAUUUUGAUUUUUUUCCUCUACCAAAGACAGUUGGUAGAAAGUUUUAUGUUGUCUCUAGAUUUAAAAAAUCAAACAAACAACAAAGCAGAGGCAUAGUUGGUCUUGUAAGUUAUGCCUUUCCCAGCCUGAUUUUUGCAAAUCUGUUCUGUCAGGGGAAUCAGAACAGAUGUGUAUUCAUUCUGAACCAGGAUCAGACCAGCCAGGGGAUUUCUACAGGCAGAUCCCAGAUUCCCAGGCUCCCUGCAUUGUUCCCAGACACAGGAGAAGUGAGUGAGUCUUAUCUAUUUUGCAAACCCAGAGGAAAAAUAGAAUUCUAUUAGAACUAUCAGCCCAACAUAAAACAAUUAAAGCAAGAUUAAACCAUCUGUGGUUUUUUAAAUAAGUCAUUUGAUGUAUUGGAGUCACAUGUAUUGGAGUUGAUUACUCUUAGAAAUAUGUGCAUCUAUACAAAUGCACAACAUGAAGUCAAAGUAUACUUGUUUUUUCUUCACCUGUCAGAGCCAGGGGUAGAAGCCAAGACCUUUUCUGGAUCCCUAGCAGGAACCAGGGAGGAUGAUAUGACUUUGGCUUCCCUAACAGGCCAGUAGAGGGGACCAAGAGAGACUGGCAGGCUAACAGUGUCUGUGUAGCAGGCAACUCUGGUUUCUGGCUUUGGGGUACCUGUCUCUCUAAGGCUCAUCCACUCUAGCUUCAGCCCAGAAAAGUGGCAGGAUAUAUAGAUUCAUUGAGAGAUAUGUGUUUUGACAGCAAGGGAAAUUAUUUUAAACCUAACUGGUCACACACUACUCUACUUAGAUUAUCUCACUGACAAUACUGGGUCUCUUCCGAUUCCUCUUGUUUUUGAAUGGGCUCAGAGGGUAAUUCACCAAGAAAAAUGUCUCUUCUUCUAUUGUUUAACCCAGUAAAUGCUCAAAGCCCAAAACUGAGUGGGGUAUGUUAGCUCCUGGGGAUUGUUCAUUUGCUUCUAAUCUCUAAGGUGGGUAUAUCAUGAGGGAAGAUUGAUUUUCAGUGCAAAAGAAACUGCACGUAUUUCUCCAGCUGUCAUUUUACUCCUUCCUGGGUAAUGCACAGGCAUUCCUUAGCAUGGAGGAAGAUGGAGGCUUGCACACGCUGUGUGUGUGACUUCUGAGAGAACCCCUUGUUCAGAGCAAACAGAUUGAUAGAUCAGGUCACCCCAGCAUCACGCUUUUGGAGCUGAGUCGUCCUCAGAGCCCAUCCAUUGUACUUGGGAAGGAUGAAGGAUGAACAGUGUCUUUUUUUUUUUAUUAAAGUGUCUUUAGAAAUAAGGAGAAAUGUUUUUGAUAUAAAAAGAAUACUUCAUUUCUAACUGCUAUCCAAAAUGUGCUCAUUCCCACAUUUUUGCUAAAAAAAACUUUUUAGUUCUGUAUUUUAUAUUAAAAAAACUGAUAAAGUAAGCAAAGUAGUUCAUAUUUUGAUCACCCAAAUCACCAAUUCGUUCUUUAAAAUAUGGUAAGGAACAGACACACACAUAGUUAGAAGAGUGUGAAUGGCUAGAAAUAAGGCCCCCAUGCUCCCUGUUUGCUCUCCUUACAGAGGGCCGGAGAGGAGCUUCUGGAGGGAGGGAUGUGGGCCCUUACAGAGAGGAAGAAAGGAAGGCAGUUGAAGCAGGAGGGAAGGGCAUGGAGAGAGACAUUGCUUUUCUCCCACUCACGCUAUGCACAGCACUCCGCACUUUGUUUUUUUCACAUAAUGUUUUAUCUUAGAGAUAUUUCCAUAACAUGUAAAGAGCUACCUCAUUUUUCUUAAUAACUGCUUAGUUUUCCAUUGUCUUGGUGGACUAUAAUUUCUUUGAUUAGUCUUUUAUUAGUGAACACAUAUAGUCUUUCUGGUUUUUUAUUUUUAUACACAAAUCUAUAAUUAGCAUCCUUGUACUUGUGUCUUAGCAUCCUUUGAUGAGUAUACCUUGGUAUAAUUC